GAGAAGCGCGGUACUGAAGCAGCAGCUUGGAGCCGUCUCAGCGAUGGGCGCGCCGGUGCGCCGCGGCGCAUUCGUGUGCUUCGUCCUCCUCCUGGCCCGUGCGGCCGCGGUGGAGACGCCGCCGGAGGGACGCACAUUGUCCGUCUCCGGAGGCGACAACUCCUCUGGUACGGCCACAGCCGCCGGCGCCGGCGCCGUGGGAGCGGGGAUCAUCUCCAACUCGGUGCUGGUGGCGUUGCUGGACUCGCACUACACGGAGAUGGCGGAGCUGGUGGAGAAGGCGCUCCUCCUCCCGACGCUGGAGGACGCCGUCGCCAAGCACAGCGUCACCAUCCUCGCGCCGCGGAACGAGGCGCUGGAGCUGGGCCUAAACCCAGAGUUCAAGCGCUUCCUGCUCGAGCCGCGGAACCUCAAGUCGCUCCAGUCGCUGCUCCUCUUCCACGUCCUCCCCGCGCGGCUCCCCUCCGGAUCCUGGCCCGGGGGCUCCCACCCAACGCUCUCUGGCGAGGAGGUCGAGCUCGCCGCUGCCGCCGUCACGCGCCCGGACGCGGUGGUCAGGGCGGAUGGCGUCAUCCACGGGAUCGAGCGCCUCCUCGUGCCGCGCUCCGUCCAGGACGAAUUCAACCGCCGCCGCAGCCUCGCCGACAUCUCCGCCAUGCCGCCCACGGCCGCGCCCCAGGUGGAUCCAAGGACGCAACCCCUCGAGAAGCCGCCGCCCAGCGCUUCCGCCGUGCUCCCGACCCCCAACGCGAUCGUCCCCGACGAUCCCUCCGUCGUCGCGCAGGCGUCGGAGCCCAGUGGCCGCUACGACGGCGAAGGCCAGGUGAAGGACUUCAUCCAGAGCCUGCUCAAGUACGGCGGCUACAACGAGCUCGCCGACAUCCUCGUCAACCUCACCUCGCUCGCCGCCGAGGUAGCCCAGCUCGUCUCCGAGGGGUACACGCUCACCGUGCUCGCGCCCAACGACGAGGCCAUGGCGCGCCUCACCACGGACCAGCUCAGCGAGCCCGGCUCGCCGGAGAACAUCCUGUACUACCACAUGAUCCCGGAGUACCAGUCCGAGGAGAGCAUGUACAACGCGGUGCGGCGGUUCGGCGCGGUGCGGUACGACACGCUGCGGCUGCCGCACAAGGUGGUGGCGCGGGAGGCCGACGGCUCCGUCAAGUUCGGGCGCGGCGAGGGGGCGGCGUAUCUGUUUGACCCGGACAUCUACGCCGACGGUAGGAUCUCCGUGCAGGGCAUCGACGCCGUGCUGUUCCCGCCGGAUGCCGCGAAGACGGAACCAGCCACCGCCCGCGUCACGAGGGCGACUACCACGACCAUCACCAGCACCGACAAGACGAAACUCCGGAGAGGGAAGUUGUUAGAAGCAUCGUGCCGAAUGGCUGGCAUCCUUGGUCAGAUAUCGCGAUUCACAGGCUGCCAGAACUCAGGACUCAGGAAAGAUUGAUCACAUGAUACCGAAACAUGAACUAGAAUGAGGGUGCUAGUCUGCUAGAGCCAUCCACAUCAUCAUAUUUUUUUUAGUUUGUUCAAAACAAAUAGUAAAUCGGGAGGAAAUAAAGUGGUUUUUGUUGCUGGCUUGCUGUGUCUAGGAAAGGCAGUAAAAUGUUCUUAUUUGAAGACUAAAAUAUUUGUGUAUAAAAGCGUUUUGUUUUUGUUUGUCGUUCUUGCUUCUUUUUCUGUCUUUACAGAAUCUCGAGAAAACAUACCAACAUGCAAUGGGUUGAAGCUUCCUCCACUGCCCCGAAAGAUCAUCAUAUGAUAGUGGGGUUUACAUUAU